AUGUCUGUUGUACUAGCUAUCAUUUUCGACGGAUAUUUCAACACCUAUUUCCAGCUGACUUCUAGAUUAUGGGCAGAUGGAGACCAAUAUCGCUAUGCAGUGCCACCAAGAACUGGCGACCAUUGGGAGAGGAUAAUGAAACGAAUAGAUCUGUAUGAUGAGGAUAUAUGUAAAGGCUGGCGGGAAGAUAUCGAUACCCUUUUGGUGUUUGCUGGCCUUUUUUCCGCUGCCGUCACUGCUUUUUUAAUCGAAUCUUAUAGCUGGUUGCAGCAGCCAGACCAGACCACGAACCUACUUCUACUGCAACUCAAACAGCAACUUCAAAGUGGCAACGACACGGAUCCGCUCGAGGCCUCCGAUAUAGGAUUUUCUGUUACUCCACUCGCGAUCCGCAUUAAUAUCUUUUGGUUCUCCAGUCUCGCAUUGAGCCUAUCAUGCGCGAUCGUCGGCAUCCUUUGCAAGCAAUGGCUUCGCGAAUACAGACGCGAUGCUGCUCUGAGUCCCAGAGACGCGUUAAUGCUGCGUCAAACCCGGCUGGAGAGCUUUGAAAAAUGGAAAGUGAAUGACAUCUUGUCCGCUUUACCUCUUCUUCUACAAGCCGCGCUGGUUCUUUUCUUUGCGGGCAUCGUGGAUCUCCUAUGGUCUUUGAACACCGUUGUUGCAGUUGUGUUGACCUGCGAGAUUGGGAUUGCGCUGGCAAUAGUGUCAAUGACUACCGUUUUACCUUCCCUUGCGCUCCUAAUGAAUGCAAAUCUACCCUGUGCCUACAAAUCUCCUCAAGCAUGGAUAUUUUACCGCCUACUCCAUUCUUCUGUUCGACUUGUUGAACGAAUCAGUCGAGGAACACAAGUUACGAGAUCAUCGUUUCGUUUUCAUCUGGACUCCAUCUUCCGAAUUAAAAAUUGGACCGCUGGUGAUAGGCUCUGCCACCGCUUUUCCAAUACAGCAGCAUCAGACAACUUUCUGCUGAACGACUGCCUUGGAGCAGCAAUGCACUGGGUCUACUCCGAGUACAGAGAUAAUGUGUCCAUGACUCCUCAUAUCUUUUAUUGUUUAGAAGAACUAGAUGAAGAGACACUGGAAAUUGCCACCGGUAAAAACAACUUGAAGUCCAACUACUAUCUCUAUUGCGACCUCAUCAAAGACCUCCCUCGAUCUCAAGAGCGGCAAAAGUUUGCCCUCGAAUUAUUAAUCCGCGAUAUCAACGCCAACACGUCUAGUCACGUCCAACAGUCCCUCCACAUUUCUCAUCUGGCAUCCGAAUUGCGAUUUGGUGUAGCCGUCAAUAUGGACGAAGAAUUCGUCCUACAAAUAAUCCAUACCAUACGACAUUUUGCACAAUGCUCAUUCGACGGGCCAGCAUUGAGCUAUCAGCUUCUCCUUGAAGUUGCCUAUAUCUUCUUGUUCUGCUGGCGCGAUGGCUCAGAUGAUGUUCGUCGGCAUUGUUUCCUUGUUCUUGAUGAUCUCGAGCGGUGCAUUGAGCGUCUCGCUAACGCUAACCUCACGCUGAGAGCCAAAUUCGGCUUUGACUUCACUUGGCUAAUGAAUCAAUUCACCGGCACAAAUCCUGAGGAACACGUCUCACAGCCAUCGUUCGAUCCUCUCAACUCAUUUUACGACCCUCUCAUCUGCUCCGAACGAUUCUCAUUGUUCGUGAAAUUCCUCGAUGGGUAUCAUCACCCCGCCGACGACGUUAUGGACCCUUCAGAUCCAAUUGUGUCGGCGUGGAAACAGCAGAAAGCAUCGUUGGCAAUACAAGGAGGACUUCCCGCGUCACAUUUUGACUCGCAACACUUUCAACCCCCACCUGAUGGAUCUUCCAGUUAA